AUGGCUACUGCCGCCGUAGUCUUACCCGCCGCGGCGGCGCCGCCGCCCCUUCUCUCGCUCCUUGACGGCCUGCCGCCGAGGAGACGAGAGCUGCAGCAAUCGCGCCGGCGACGGAGGCCGGCGCAGGCAGACACACAACAGCGCGCGGACAGAAGUCUCUUCUCCGAAGCACUGCUGCGAUGGCGCGUCGGCCAAGCGCUCAGCUCGGCGCGAUUCCUCGCCGCCGCGCUCGCGCGCGAGCAGCAGCAGCAGCAGGACUCAGCGACAGCAUGUCGAGCGGACGAGCGAAGCCCCAUGGCAGGUUCUCCGCGCAACGACGAGCAGUCUUCUUCUCCUCCAGCCUACGAGGACACGCUCGACGACGCGCCGCCCGACUACACCUCGACCGACGCGCUGGCCACCGCCGCACAGACCGCCGCCCCUCCACCGCUCCCGCCGUACGGACCCCCGAGCGGUCCCCCGUCUUCGCACCCCCUGCUGCCGUUGUCGAUCGAGUUGCUCGAGAAGGAAGCGCGGGUCGACUUGUCGAAGGUGGACAAUAUGCGCGAACAUGCGAAGAAGAAGAACAAGAAGAAGCAGCCGGCGCAGAAGAUGGCGUCCUGGGCGCAAAGCGACGACGAGGACAAGAAGAAGGACGACGGCGGCGGGGACAACGGCGGAGACGGGAACGAGGGCGGUGGUGAUAACGGCGGCGGCGGAGAUGCUGGAGGUGGAGGGGGUGGAGGCGAUGAUAAUGGCGACAAUGGGGACGACGGAGACGAUUGGAACGAGGCCGGCGGCAAGAAGAACAAGAAGAAGAAGAAGGGCAAGAAAGCUGAGGAGGAAGAGGAGGAGGAGAAGAAGGCUGAAGAAGAAGAAGAGGAACAAGAGGCCGCUGCAGCACAUACUUCUACCGGCUCCCCCUGGGAUCUUCUGGCAACAGAACCUGGAGACGACGAUGCCCCCGACGCGAAUCCAGACGAUGAAUGGGCAGGCUUCACGCCCGCCACCUCGUCUAAGAAGAAGAAAAAGAAGGGCAAGGACGCUGACUCUGUCCCUCCCCCACCUCCUCCCGGCCCCGCUGCUCCUGACAAUGCUGCCAACGGCAUGAACUUCGAUAGCGUCGACCUGGGCGACGGCUCGGACGCCCCGAAGAUCGACCUCAGCUUUGGCGGUGCGGAUUCCAAGGCCGGUACCGGCGUUGGAGGAGGCACAGGCUUCAGCUGGGGUGCGACUAGUUGGGGCUUCUCGGCUGCGGAUAAGAAAGAUGACGCCGCUGCGAAUGAGGCUGCCGACGCCAACAAUGCCUGGAGCUUUGGAGGAGGUUCGAAGAAGCCCGAUGCUGGGUUCAACUUCGGCUUCAGCCCUGCAGCAGAGGCACAAAAGGAGGGAGAUGACUGGGGCUGGGGCACAGCGACGUCCAAGAAAGACAAGAAAAAGAAGAAGGGGGGUUUCGACCUUCUUGACGAGCCACAGCCACCGCCACCGCCGCCUGAACCCGAACCUCCGGCUGCUGCAGAGGUAGCAGCCGAAGACGAGUGGGGCGGUUGGGGGACCAAGAAGGAUAAGAAGAAGAAAAAGGGCAAAGGUGACCCUGAGCCUGAGCCUGAACCGGAGCCCGUCGUUGUCCCCGAACCAGAACCAGUACCCGAGCCAGCAGCCCCUGCUGAAGCCGCGGCGGAGGACGAAUGGGGCGGAUGGGGAGCAGUUUCUUCGAAGAAGGAUAAGAAAAAGAAGAAGAAGAAUGCGGAACCCGAGCCGGAGCCCGAACCCAUGCCACCACCACCUCCGCCUCCGCCCCCUGAGCCCGAACCUGCUGCCGAAGAUGGCUGGGGUGGGUGGGGAACGGCCAGUUCGAAGAAGGAUAAGAAAAAGAAGAAGAAGGGCGAGCCCGACCCACCCCUGGAUGAGCCCGCUGUUGUCAUCGUUCCUGACGAUGAUAUCGCGGCGCCUACUGCCGCGGUUGACGUAGCAGCCGAAGACGAGUGGGGCGCUUGGGGGACGAAGAAGGACAAGAAGAAGAAGAAGGGGGCCGCGGCUGCUGAUGAUUUGCCAUCACCACCGCCUCCGCCGCCGGUGGUUGUUGUUCCCGAGUUCGUACAGCCCGUACAAGAGGAUAAUGAUUGGAGCUUUUCCUGGGGAAACAGCGCAAAGGAUAAGAAAAAGAAAAAGAAAGGUCUGUUGGCAGAAAGCGCACCUCCCCCUCCUCCGCCCGAGCCCGAGCCACCUGUUGCCGAAGUCCAGCAGCCCGACGCUGUUGAUGAGCCGAAGGCCGAUGGCGACGAUGGCUGGGGCUGGGGCGUCGGAAAGAAAGACAAGCCGAAGAAGGAGUCGCAGAACGGUCCAGUGGAGGUUGUUGGCGACGAUCCAACAGCCGCAGUCCAGCAGCCUGACGGCAUCGUUGAGGGCGGCGCCGCAGAGUCCGAGGGGUGGGGUAGUUUCAGUUGGGGCACAGGCAAGAAGGAAAAGAAAAAGAAGAAGGGCGCUGCGCCGUUCGACUUUCCACCAGCGCCUACGCCUCCGGAGGAGGCUAUGCCCGCCCUGAUUGAACCCCCGCCUCCUCCGCCUCCUCCCGCGCCCCUCGCGAUCGAGGCGCCGCCUGCGGACGAUGGUUCCGCGUGGGCUGCUGUGACCACGGGCAAGAAAGGCAAAAAGGGAAAGAAGAGUAAGCUAACUGAACAAGGCACCGCGCAAUCGCCGCCUCCUGUAGAAGUCAUCAAUGUCGACGCCGAAGGCAACCCCGACGAUAUCGUCCAGAUCAUCGACGAAGGCGCACCGCCCGAGCCCGCAUUCGAACCAGAACCUGAAGUCGUCCCCGAGUCUGAUCCUGAACCCAUCGUUGUCGUCGAAGAGCCGCCCCCACCGCCGCCGCCCGCGCCCGAGCUGGAAAAGAAAGAGAAGAAGGAGAGCAAGAGCUCUUCAGGAGGAUGGGGAGGUCUGUUCGGCUCAAACUCCACUGACAAGAAGAAGACUAAGAAAGAGGUGGAGAAAGAGAAGAAAGAGAAGGAAAAGCAGGAGAAGAAGGAGGCUAAAGAGCGCGAGGAAAAGGAGCGGCUUGAGAAGGAAGAAGCAGAGCGCGUUGCAAAGGAGGCGGAGGAGCUCGCAGCAGCAGAGGCUGAGGCUGAGGCUGAGGCUGAGGCUGCGGCUGCGGCUGCGGCUGAGGCUGCAAGAGCCGCGGAAGAGGCCGAAGCUGCUGCAAAAGCUGCAGAAUUCGAUCCAAACGAGAUUGUCGAAAUCGUGGACGAGGGGCCGCCGCCUAAGAAGGACAAGAAGAAAAAGAAGAAGGGCAAGGCUGUCGAAGAAGAGUCCCCUCCACCUCCUCCACCACCACCACCUCCUGCACCUGAAGAACCCGCCCCAGAGCCUGAACCUGAACCUGUGCCUGAGGUUGUGCCCGAGCCGGUCGUUGUUCCCGACCCCACGCCUGCCGCAACAAGCACGUGGGGUGGCUUUUGGGGUGUCUCACUCAGAAAAACCAAAAGCCCGGUCGCAAAGGACCUCGUGGCACACGACGCUAUUCCGAAUGAGGAAACGGCAGCUGACCCCGCGGUUCUCGAGGCUGAAGUGCCACCACCACCGCGUGAGCCUUCGCCUCCGCCCUCUGGAAAAUUAAAAAAGACGAAGAAGGGCGGAAAAGUUCAAGAUCGCCUCAAGGCGUUCGAAGCCUUUGACGAGCCGCCACCUCCGCCCCCCGCGCCUGAGUUUCCUGCGGAGCCCGAGCCAGUCGUCGUCGUCGACGUGCCCGAACCCGAACCGCUGCCUGCUGACGCGCCGCCUGCGGAAGAGGUCGCGCCACCACCGCCGCCACCGGUCGAAAUCGUAGAACCUCCGCUCUCGUCGCAUAAAAAGUCGUCCAAGGACAAGAAGGCAGACAAGAAAUCCUCUUCGAAGUCGAAGAAGAGCAGCAGUAAAGAAAAGGAACCUGAACCCGCGCCUAUUCCCGAGCCUGUCGUCGUUCCGGAGCCUGACCCGAUCGUCGACGUUCCCGACGUCCACUCUCCAGUGCCCGGCAGCUUCCCUGAAGACGAGCCGCUGUUCGAGAUUGUUUCUCCACCACCACCUCCGCCUCCACCACCGGCGCCUAUUGAACCCGACUUUGUGCCUGCUGAAGUUGAGCCUGCCUUUGUUGUACCAGCGCCUGCGCCGCCGACCGACAAGAAGAGCAAAAAGGACAAGGACAAGAAGAAGAGCAAGAGCAAGAGUAGCUCGUCAAGCCGGAGUCUUUUUGGGGAGGUCCCCAUGGAUAUUCCACCGCCGCCGCCGCCAAUGCCUGACCCUAUCGUCAUGCCUGAUGCGCCCCCGAUGCCUGAGCCUCUUGCUAUGCCCGAGCCGCCCCCAAUGCCGGAGCCUCCUGUUAUGCCCGAGCCACCUCUCGUUGAUGUCGUACCUGAUGAUGCGCCACCGUUUGAAGAGCCCAUAAAGCCUCCAACUCCUCCGCCUGAGCCGCGAAAGGAGCGCCCGAAGGUCGUGCGCGACAAGAACGCUGCGACCUCUUGGGGUUUCUGGGGUGUGUCGCCGCAGAGCAAAGACACGCGCAAGAAGACGCGCGACGAUACUGCAAAGGAGAGACCUGGGCUCGUGCGGUCCAAGUCUGAACGGCACUCAUCGCGGCGUGAUCGGGAGAAAGACAAGGAGCGGGACGAAGGCAAGGACUCGAAGUCAUCUGGUUCGGGCGAGCACACUUCAAAGACACCUUCUUCGAGACCGCGGCACCAGCGCGGCUCGAGCUUUGGUGGACUAUUUGGCAUGGCUAUGGCUCCUCCGCCUUCGAGGUCAAAGUCGAUGCGCGAACCCAGGACAUCCAAGUCGCGCUCGCGUCACCCUUCUGUUGAAAGGGACGGCGGGUUGAUGUCGCCACCGCCUGAGGACGACGCGGUCAGAUUCUCGUCAAAGGCUGCGAAGAUGAUGGGCAUGGACACGGAGCGGGGGCGGGACAGGGUCACUCGACGCCAGACCACAAGGGAGCAUCGCAAAACAAGAGCAGCGCCAGACCCUUAUGCCAUCGAAGACGAUGAUUUGGUCAUGGUCAACGGAGAGGAUGCCCCUGCGCCAGGCUCAGACCCGUCAAGGCGGCGCAAGCACAAGUCGCGUAGCGUUGACCCUGCAAUGGACGAAGAUCCAGUCAUCGUGGAAGCUGCCGCCGCCAUCCCUGACGAUGUGCCCGAGGUCGUGACCGGCCCCGACGACAUGGCGUUUGUCGAGAAGCCUAGACGCUCAGGACCCCGCCGCGAGAGACGCGAGCACCCAGAAAGCCCGCCGAAGAAGACCGGGCUUAUGGGCAUGCUCGGGCUCGGCUCGAAGAAGAAAGACGUCGUCUCUGACUACGAAGAACGCCGCCACCGCAGCACCCGCACCGGCGACGAGGAGCGCAGGCGUAAGCGGUCUUCCGCGCGCAAUGCGGACGAGGAUUACGCGAAGCGUCUGCGUCGGGAAGGCCGCAAGAUUCGCUCACGUCAUCCCUCGGAUGACGGUGCUCCGGAGCCACCUGCUGAUGUGAUCGUCGAUGGCGCCAUGCCUCCAAUGAUGGACGGCGCUGGCCCCAUCGACGUCGAUGCGGAGCGUGAGGCUAGGAGAGCGGAGAGGCGUGCGAAGCGUGCGGAGCGCGAGGCCCGCGAGAUCGAAGAAGAGGAGGCUAAGGCGGCGCGCCGUCGCGAGCGCAAGCGCGCUGGAGACAAGCAAGAGGAGCGCAAGCUCCGCGAGCGCGAGGCCAAGGCCAACCGUCUGCGGGAAGAGCAGGAGCGCGAAGAGAGGCGGAAUGAGGAGAAGCGUCAACGCCGUGCCGAGAGGGAGGCGCGCAAGGCUGCGGAGCGCGCCGAGAUGGAGCAGGACCUCGAGGCCAAGGAGGCCGAGCGUGCUGAACGCCGUGCCCGCCGCCGCGAGCGUGGUGGUGAUGUCGAGCAGCCGCCGUCUCGCCACCAUAGCUCUCAUCGGCCAACUAUCCCGGGCGAGCGCCGUCGCUCUCACAGGACCUCCGCCGUCCCCGCCGCGGGCGAGGAUGAUUCAGAGCGUCGGCGCCGCCACGAAGAGCGCAGAGCUCGCCGGGCAGCUGAGAGUGGUGGCGGUCGCACACCUGGCAAGUCUUCACGAUCUCGCGGCGACCAUCACCAGCAGACGCCGCCCAUCGUCGACCACCAUUUCGACGCAGCACAUUACUACGACUUCGAUCCUGCUGCCGCUGCCGGCGCCAUGCCGCCCCAGCCACCACCACCACCACCACCUGCUGCCGACUACCCGUCGCAUUCCAACCACGGCAGCGACAAGACACGCUCUUGGGUCGACCAGAUCGCCGCCGACCCGCCAGACCUGCCGCCCGUCGCAGCUACCAUCCUCGACCCCCCGCCGCCCAUGGACCCGGCCGCUGCCGCGGCGGCCGCGUUCGACCCGCUCGAGGAAGAGGCGCGGCGGGAGCGUAGGAGCAGGGCGAAGCGGGACUCGAAGAUGAUGGACGAUGACGGUGGUGAGAGGAGGAGGAGGCGGAGGAAGGAAGGUGAAGGUGGUGGUGGGAUAAGGAGUAGUGAUGGGAGCGGGGAUGGGGGGAGGAGUAGGCGCAGGACGACGACGACGAUGAAGGAGCCGGCGGCAUUGUUUGGGGAGGAUCCAAUGAUGGCCGCCGGGGGUGGGAUGAGGACGUGGGAUGGGCGGCCGGUGGAGAGGCCGAAGCAGGAGAGGAGGGGGAGUAGUUGGUUGAAGAAUUUGAAGACGGUGUUUUGA